AUGAAUUUGACCACAGAUAGUUUGUUGUUUAAUUUUCCAACAGGCUUUUAUUUUCGUAUCACACAGUUGGAGCAACAGACACCAGUCUGGCUUGCUGUGAUCAGCAGAUACCACGUGACCUGGAGGCUGCGCCUUGAGAGGUCUAUGGGUUCUGCUGCCUCGGGUGGAAAAGUCCCUCCUAGACCCAAACCUGAGACACCCAGGUCCCGGGUCGGAGAAGCGAGGACCCAGCGGCCGACAGCCAGCGUCCGCUGCUUGCGAGUGAGGGGGGGCUGUCCAGCAGGCUGGGCUCAGGACUGCAACCCAGAAAGCAAGACUAACCCCUGGAUGGCUUUCAGCCGCUGCAUUCUGGGAGCGCUCGUCACUCAUCAGGAGACCUCAGAAGCACUCCUUCCCACGACUGUGCAGACCCCGUCCCAUGGGAUCUACUCGAUUCUACCCCAUGGGAGCACACUGCUGUGUUCCAUCAACACCGCCGGCUCCCGGGAGAGUCCCGGGGCAUCUCCACAUUCAGGGACAAUUGCAAUAUCACGAGUAUCGCUCCUCCUCCUUUCCGGCAAUGCUCGUGGACCCCAGGAAGAAGCGUGUUCUGGGGUCAGAGCCAAGCCACGGGGGAACCACAGAGUCCCGGGUGUGGCCCAUCCUUCUGAACCUUGGUCUCCUCGUCCCCCGUGGAAUUAA